AUGGACACACCGUUUGAAGACACAUUAGAUAUGGUCUGCAUGGAUGACAUCUUACCAACCACGUCCUCGCCUGAGCCGGACUCRCCACAGCAAAAGAAGAAAAAAGCUAGAAGACGAGGACCAAGGCUAACAGGAGUCAGCAAGCAAAGAAGACUUGCAAACGCUCGAGAGAGAAACCGUGUGCAUAUCUUAAACAUGAACAUUCAAGUUCUCCGAGAACUCAUACCAUUACCGCCACAAGAAAAAGAGCCCACGAAAACUGAAAUAAUUUGGAUGGCUGCAAAGUACAUCGCCCUGCUUGGAGACAUGCUGGAUCAAGAACCCAUAGAUUUUGGCGACUGCGUUUUAAAUGAUCUUUUCUUAGAUGCAUUUUGCUAG